CCCGCUCCCCGCUCCCAUCCCCAGUUCCAUCAAAGCGAACCCGGGCCAGCGCAAGGAUCUCCGAGUUGCGAGUGUGCUGAGGCUGGGACUGUCACUCAUUCUCCGAUCAGCGCGUGAACGCAGCUCGGCAGCCGCUGGCAGGAAACAAUUCUGCAAAAAUAAUCAUACUCAGCCUGGCAAUUGUCUGCCCCUAGGUCUGUUGCUCUGCCGCCGUCCACACUCUCUGCAAGGGGGGGGCACAGAAUUUACGGGCGGCAAGAACAUCCCUCCCAGCCAGCAGAUUACAAUGCUGCGAACUAAGGAUCUCAUCUGGACUUUGUUUUUCCUGGGAACUGCAGUUUCUCUGCAGGUGGAUAUCGUCCCCAGCCAAGGAGAAAUCAGCGUUGGAGAAUCCAAAUUCUUCUUAUGCCAAGUGGCAGGAGAUGCCAAAGAUAAAGACAUCUCCUGGUUCUCGCCCAACGGAGAGAAGCUCGCCCCGAACCAGCAGCGGAUCUCCGUGGUGUGGAACGACGACUCUUCCUCCACACUCACCAUCUACAAUGCCGACAUUGACGACGCCGGCAUUUACAAGUGUGUGGUCACUGGCGAGGACGGCAGCGAAUCAGAGGCCACAGUCAACGUGAAGAUCUUCCAGAAGCUCAUGUUCAAGAAUGCACCAACCCCGCAAGAGUUUAGGGAGGGGGAAGAUGCCGUGAUCGUGUGUGAUGUGGUCAGCUCCCUCCCCCCAACCAUCAUCUGGAAACACAAAGGCCGAGAUGUCAUCCUGACGAAAGACGUCCGAUUCAUAGUCCUGUCCAACAACUACCUGCAGAUCCGGGACAUCAAGAAAACAGAUGAGGGCACUUAUCGCUGUGAGGGCAGGAUCCUGGCACGGGGGGAAAUCAAUUUCAAGGACAUUCAGGUCAUUGUGAACGUGCCGCCCACCGUCCAGGCCAGGCAGAGCAUCGUGAAUGCCACCGCCAACCUCGGCCAGUCCGUCACCCUGGUGUGCGAUGCCAAAGGCUUCCCAGAGCCCACCAUGAGCUGGACAAAGGAUGGGGAACAGAUAGAAGACAAGGAAGAUGAGAAGUACAUCUUCAGCGAUGACAGUUCUGAGCUGACCAUCAGAAAGGUGGAUAAGAACGACGAGGCUGAGUACGUGUGCAUUGCCGAGAAUAAGGCUGGAGAGCAGGAUGCGUCCAUCCACCUCAAAGUCUUCGCAAAACCCAAAAUCACUUAUGUAGAGAACCAGACUGCCAUGGAACUGGAGGAACAAGUCACUCUGACCUGUGAAGCCUCGGGAGACCCCAUUCCCUCAAUCACCUGGAGGACUUCUACCCGGAACAUCAGCAGUGAAGAAAAGGCUUCGUGGACUCGACCAGAGAAGCAAGAGACUCUGGACGGGCACAUGGUGGUGCGUAGCCACGCCCGCUUGUCCUCCCUGACCCUGAAGAGCAUCCAGUACACAGACGCCGGAGAAUACAUCUGCACCGCCAGCAACACCAUCGGCCAGGACUCCCAGUCCAUGUACCUGGAAGUGCAGUAUGCCCCCAAGCUGCAGGGCCCCGUGGCUGUGUACACUUGGGAGGGGAACCAGGUGAACAUCACCUGCGAGGUAUUUGCCUACCCCAGUGCCACCAUCUCAUGGUUUCGAGAUGGUCAGCUGCUGCCAAGCUCCAACUACAGUAAUAUCAAGAUCUACAACACGCCGUCCGCCAGCUAUCUGGAGGUGACCCCAGACUCUGAAAAUGAUUUCGGAAAUUACAACUGUACUGCGGUAAACCGCAUUGGACAGGAGUCUCUGGAGUUCAUCCUUGUCCAAGCAGACACCCCAUCUUCACCAUCCAUCGACCAGGUGGAGCCAUACUCUAGCACAGCACAGGUGCAGUUUGAUGAACCAGAGGCCACAGGUGGGGUGCCCAUCCUCAAAUACAAGGCUGAGUGGAGAGCAGUGGGCGAGGAAGUGUGGCAUUUCAAGUGGUAUGAUGCCAAAGAAGCCAACAUGGAGGGCAUUGUCACCAUCGUGGGCCUGAAGCCUGAGACCACGUAUGCCGUGCGGCUGGCAGCCCUCAACGGCAAGGGUCUGGGUGAGAUCAGCACAGCCUCCGAGUUCAAGACUCAGCCAGUCCACAGCCCUCUUCCACUGGCUCCUGCUAGCUCUUCCACCCCUGUUCCAUUGUCUCCUCCAGAUACAACCUGGCCUCUUCCUGCCCUCACAACCACAGAACCGGCUAAAGGGGAACCCAGCGCACCUAAGCUUGAGGGGCAGAUGGGCGAGGAUGGAAACUCUAUUAAGGUGAACCUGAUCAAGCAGGAUGACGGCGGCUCCCCCAUCAGGCACUACCUGGUCAAGUACCGAGCGAAGCUGUCCUCCGAGUGGAAACCAGAGAUCCGGCUCCCGUCUGGAAGUGACCACGUCAUGCUCAAGUCCCUAGACUGGAAUGCUGAGUAUGAGGUCUACGUGGUGGCUGAGAACCAGCAGGGGAAGUCUAAGGCGGCUCAUUUUGUGUUCAGGACCUCGGCCCAGCCCACGGCCAUCCCAGCGACCUUGGGAGGCUGCUCCGCGUCCUACACCUUUGUCUCAUUGCUUCUCUCUGCAGUGACUCUGCUUUUGCUCUGUUAGGGACGUGAACACACACGCACACACACAAUUCAGUUUGCUUAAAUGCCCAGUUCCUCUGAGAAUGAUCAGUGCCCCCUUUGGAAGAACCUGUCAGGACCGCCACAGCCACGCCACCAAGCACUCUGUGUGGAAGAGGAAGGUUUGGUGAUGGGAAAAGCCGGGCCUCCAGACAUUUUACCAUUCACAGAUCUCCCUUGCCCACUUCACAAGGAGCUUGCCCCUAAUGGCGGUUCGAAAACACUUGGGAGCACUUGUCUUUAAACACUGUUUGUAAAAAGCAUUAUGCUAGGUUUACAGAAAAGUUUCACACAUCUGCUACCUGUUGGAUUUUUGUUGUUGUUCUUACCUGAAAGCGAUGCAGCAGAGGAAAGUGUCUAAGUACCUCCCAAAGUUUGCAUCAGAUUGUUCGAAUCACCACGUGCUCCCCACCCCAUUCCAACCCCGCGCUCCUCCUCUGCCCUUCAAAACAUAGCUGGCUUCGCCUGCAUUGACAUGCCCGUGUCAGAGAGCCAGACCACUGGGCUGCACCCGAGCAUUUUGCUGACACGAUGGGCAAAGUCAGUCACCCGUUGCCCAUACAGUGGAAGAAAUUGGAUUUGUUAGGCAUUUUCUGGGGCUGCUCAGAUGUUCUGGGAGGCGCUUUGGUCCUGGUAUUACAACCAGCAGCUUAUGCUGGUGCUGCCAACAGAGCCAGCCUGUGAUACGCCUGGUGCCCGUCAGCUUUGUAAGAUGGGUGUCCCCCCAUCAGGGUGACUUGGGCUGCCCAGCAGCGAGCCACAGGUCAGCACAGAGCCUUGUGUCUUGGGGGUCGUGGUCCGACAGUCUCUCAUACACGUCAGUCCCCAAGCUGGACGUACCCACCGCAAGCCAGGCCCGGGUCAUGCGCUCCCCACCCCCACACACACUCACCAGAGCAGAAGGGUGGGGACAGGUCCCUCCCGGACUGCCCAGUCCAGAGCGUGCACACAAUGCGACUGGGUCAGCCUGUCCCACUUCCCCAAUCCCCAGCCCCCAUAGUGGUCAGUGGCUUUAGUGACAUUUAAAAAACUCUGGUGACCGCCAGGUGGUCCUCUCUGCUGUCGGGGGCACGCCUCUGCACAUGCCUAGGAGAGGGGGUGCCGCGUGCUCCCCAGAGCCUCGCUCGGCUGGACCCUGCUCAGUAACACUGCGAGCUCGGGGACGGACCUUCCACUGAAUGAGACCUCCCUCCGUUGUGGUCACGUCAUCUACAUAUCUCAUCUCUAAACACCCCACAGAAGUUGGAGUUUUGUUCUUGUUUAUUUUUAGUUCUGUUUGUUGUGUUUUUUUUUUUCUUAGUUAAUGUUUGAAGACUAGUCUUUCCCUUUGGGAAUCCCAGCGAUCCCGUCUGCGGGGCAGAGCUGCCCAUGUGGGUUAGCCCAGGCCUGUGUCCCCCAGCGCUCACCAUUGAGAGGUUCACGUGCAGAUGCUGGAGGCCGCACUUUUCCCAGCAGCUCAGGCAGGCAGUGCCUCUUGCCCCAGCCUUGUCUGCCCCCCAGCCCCACCUCGAACCUCUCCCCCUGGGGUCCCUGCCCUGCCUUCACACCAGCACAAGAGAAGCAGGCGUGGUUCUUAGGCACGAGGCGGAGCGUUGAGGAGACACGCGGUGCUUCCAGGCCUGGCGUAAGAAUCCCAGGUCAGUUAGCGAGAGCUCUGGGGAGGGUGAGGGAAGGAGAGAUCUGUCCUCACGCGAGUGGCCCAUCAAUGUCCUCCUGGCUCCUGGCAUGCUCUUGAUAUCAUCUUGGGCAGGAGUCCUGUGUUCACCCAGGAGGGCCCAUCUCGGGGGUCUGCCCCAACUUGGUCCCAGUCCUACCCACACGGGAGGGCCGGUGUCAGUGUUUCCGAAGGGACUCAUGGAGAUCUAGCCCAAAGUGUAGGGAGACCUGACACGGCCCUGUCCCCUCAGCACACCCCGGGCGAGGCGGGGCCUCAGCCAAAACUACUUUGGGGUCGGUGCAGGCAGGCCCUUUGUUUGUAACGGGAUGCCUUUCGAGAGACAGUGUGAGGGUGCGCCCACUCCCACCGGAUGCCCUUCUCAGUGACGGCUGUGGCCCCUGGCCCCGCCAAGCAGUCCCCAAGAUAGCGGUCCUUCGAGACGCCCGCGGGAGGAAGCACUUGCCACCUCGCUCAGCUGCCCCCGCCGCGCCCUGCCAGCGCUGCCACGCUCCACGCGCCGCGGGGUCCCUCUGCUCACUUCUGAAAUAUUUAUACGGCAGGUUUGGAUCAUGUUUGUUACUAAUAAGAAUGCUAACACUGUUGUGUAGAUAAUCAGCGAGGCCUUGAUGAAGUUUACACCUUUGCAUUAUUAAAGGAAAUAACAGUCCACGUGAGCUCACCAGCGUGUUUUGAUUUUAUUGAAUAGUGUGUCCUACAAAAUGUCAGAAGCCCUUUUCUGCCACCUCACAUGUACCCGAAUAACUGAUUACCCUAAAUCGCACCCCAGACUUGUAGCCAGCCUGAUGCAUGGAGUUCUAGCAGAGGAAAUGCUUUCCUUUCCUGAUGAGGAGCUGUGCAUUUUGCUCAGCUGCCCUGAGAACUCCUGGGGGUCAUUGCCUCCUUGGAUGUUCCCGGUCCCCAGCAGGCAGGGGGAGGGGCAGUCCCUUUGCAGAAGCAGGAGGUGGUCACUUCGGGGUCAGAGGCGCACUGUGGGCCACCAGAUACACAACUCUGUAGUUAGGGCACCUGAUUUCACUGCUCCCGUCAGGACCCCACAGCAGAGCCUGCGCUGAGUGACCUGGUGAUGGAAUGUAAGAGGAGGCUCUCAUUGGCAAAUCCUGUUCUGUUCAUAAUCACACUUAGUAGGACGCUUCCCGAAAGCCCUUGAGACUGGCCGUCUGUUUAAGAGCGGCUUCUGGGAAGGAGCAAGCAGACGUGUACGGGGUUAUGAGUAAACCAGAGUCCCAGCUCCGUGGGAGGGGCCCCUCUGCUGCACGGAGAGCCCGUGACACAGUGACUCAGGCCCAUUUGGCGUCUGUAAAGUGUGAGACCCAGAUUCCCAUUUUGAGGCAUUGAAGAAAGAAAGACGUAUGUAGGUCUCCGUCUCGGGGCAGCCAGGUCCCUGUUCAGUGUCAACCUCUUGCAUGCCAGGAACCACAGAAGAUGGACAGCCCCACUUCGUAGCAUCACCGUGGAGUGACUCUGACCCUGGAGGUCAUGGAGGAGCUGAUCCCAAGAAACUCUCUUUGCAUGUGGGUGUGUGGGUGGGUCAGUCAAGGCAGGCCAGUGGCAAGGUUGGCCAAAGAUAGACCCCUGGAAGGUUUUUAUGUUUCCCUUUUACAAACUCUUAGCUGAGGACAGGGGCUACCCUUGGUCCUUCCGGCUCUCCUGGACUGCAGUCCUGUAUCACCCCCGAGAGCUAGUAGGUGUCAGCUGGACUUCAGUAUGCUUCCAUCCAUUUCCUGGUGUUACCUGGUUUACAGCUGCUUUUCAUAAAAGCUACGCACACUCUUUCUCUAGCUUGAGGAGCACCUUACUCCGUCUGGAAGUCGAGACUCUCAGAGGUGAACUGGGCGGUCCUUUUUCUUCCGGGGACAGUCUGCUUUCUCUCCAUCCGUUCAGUCUGCUAGGUCAGGCCACACGGUGAGACUGCAGCUGUUACUCAUUGUACAGCAGGCACGAGAGGACCUCAAGCUGUAGUGUGUUUGAGGGCCACCCAGGCCGCUCCCCCUAAUCCUGAUUCCUGAGCCUCACCCCCAGAGAUUCUGAUUGGGUAGAAAUGGGGAGCCCCAGAGUCUAAAUUUGAAGCACCCCAAAAUUCUGCCGCAGGUGGACAGACAUUAUGCUAAAAGAUGUUUAUUUUUCACACAAAAAUAAAAUCACAAGAAUGGGUGAAUAAAAACAGGACCUACUGAGUGAUGCAGUCUUCCAAGAAAAAGUCCUUCUGAGCACACACUGUGCGGGGGGUCUGCACCGUGCGCGGGGUGCUGCUGGACGGCCAUGUGGGACGGCAGGUUCCUGUGGUUGAGGAGAGCUUGGAGACGCCGUCCCCCCAGCCCUGCCCCGCAUGGGGACCUUUUCCAGAGCAUUACAGUAUCUGCCAAGGGGUCGUCCAGCCCCCACUCGGCUGCCUCCAGCCACGGGGGGCUUGCCUGCCAAAGCAGCUCCUGCUCUUAGUUCUUCCUCGAGGGGAGCUGCUAUCUGCCCCGGGUCCUCGAGUUCCCAUCCAGUUGCCUUCCAGCAGUGACGCCGAACAAGACUGCGUCCUUGGUCUCCCAGCCCACCUGUGAAUCUCAGGAGGUGGCGCUCUCAUCUCCAGACUCAACACCCACUCAUUUUUUCCAAAAUAUUCUUUGAACAUUUCCUACCAGUCAGGUUGUCCUAGAUGCUGGGGAGACAUAAGACAGAGUACCUUGCAGAACCUUCCAGAAAGGACAGCCAAGUAAAAGCAUGUAAAUGAACAGAAAAUGGCAGAUAGAGGUAAAAAGAGAAGAAAACAGAUAAUAUGGUAGAUACUGGGCAGAGGGGCCUCACUAGAUAAGAGAUCAGGGGACGGAGGGAGAGGGCUCUCUGACAAGGUGACGUUUGAACCUCGGCCUGUAGGAUGACAAAGAGCCACCCAGGAGGUUAUGGGGCUGGAGUGUCGCAGGCAAGGGGUCAGCAAGGCACUGAGGCAGGAAUGGGCGGGGUGUGUUCAGCAGGUAGAGCGAAGGCUCUGGCUGGAGCACAGGGAGCGGCGUGGAGGGCCAGUGCCACGGUCACAGGGUAAGAGCGAAGGCUGUGUGGAGCACAGGGAGCGGCGUGGAGGGCCAGUUCCACGGUCACAGCCGUCAGAAGAGUGGGGGGGUCUACAGCGCAUGGAGGGCCUUUAGGGCAGGAUGAAGAGUCUGAAUUUUGCCUCCGAUAGAAGGGAAGACCACUUCCCUUCUUUCUGUCUCAUGUCACAAGGGUCUUUGUCCCCUCCUGGCCCUUCCCCGUGCAUGCUCGUGGUGCUGGCCUUCAGAACCAAGGCUCCCCCCCAGGUCCGGCGAGCCCAGAGCACAAGCCGGACAACUGCUGCCUCUCACAGACACGAAGACACUGCAGUGGUGUGCCGUCUUCUUCGGAGAGAGGACGGGUCCCUGAGAACCGCAUUUACGUACACACCUCAGAAUGUACAGUUCAUGCCACUGAGUCUGGAAGCACGAACGUUGCCCCUCACACAAGUAAUUUCAGCUCCUUCCUCGGGAAGCACGCACGCAGCGCUGUGGGGCACUGAUGUCAGGAGGCAGCAGUGGGUUCCAGCCCAGUGUCACGGGCUAGAGAGAAAGCCCAAGGCUGAUUCUCCCUCCCUGUUCAGGGCAGCAGCUUUGGGACUCUGAAAAUCAGGAAGGCUUGCAUGCCUCUCUUUGCUUAUUGGGGUGGAAUGUGUGAGGACCUGCGAGAGAAGAAUGGAUGCUUUAUUCCACUUUCGUGAGCUGCUAGGGAAAAGACCCGCUCCAGCGGACCUCAGGGGCCAGCCGGCCAUUUCCUGCCACCAAAGUCCGGAGACGGCGUGGCCAGAGCUGGGGCCUCUGAGCACAGAGCCCUUGGCCUGUCUUGAUGAUUUCCUGGGGAUAGGCUAGGGUUUUCAGUGUGGGUUGGGUGGGACCAGCCAGGGAGCCCAAGGAGGAAAGGCUGGAAAGUAAGACCAAGGUCCCAAAGAAGCCACAAAUAUUCAAGAAUUUGAGAAUCUUCUCCAACUAAAGUCCAUCUGUGCCAUGGGUACUACGAAUCCAACUGUGAGUGAGCAGUCAUCUCUGGUGUGCUGGGCUAGUGGUUCGUACCCUGAAUUAAACUUUGAAAGAAAGACCAGUGGGGUAGGACCACUGCUGAAGAAGCUCCAUGGGGCCUGAUUAGGGACCCCCUGGGCAGAGAAAGGAGUGCCCCAGGAACACAGGCUGCACGGAAGAAAGAACAACGUGGCCUGUUGUUGCACCUGUCACCUUGGGCUACACGUUCCUCCAUUAUUUGGUAUGACAUGCACUGGCAGCCCACCCCGGGCCCGGCCUGGUGCUCAGCAAAGGUACAGUGAGACCCAGAUCGUGUUGGCCACAGUUUCUGCCUCUAAUGGACAGACCUGGGUGAUCCCAGUGGGUCCUGCCGGCACAGGAGGCCUCAGACAAGGUCUGGGGGUGGGAUGGGGCUGCCAAUUCUGGGACUCUGUCCUUCCAGAAGAAGAAAAACGAAGCAAACGUGCUCAAGUUUCAGUCUGAGGUCGUGGUCCCCACACUGGCUUAUGGCAGAGCUCUUCAUGCGUUCUUGCUUCCUGGAGCAUGACCACAUGUCUCCCAGACACUGGGGGAACUCACCAGUCCGGGGGCCACCUCGGGCAACUCACAGCCAUCACAAGGGGGCCUGGGGAGCUGAGCCUGGGGCCCUUCUGUGAGACCAUCAAUCCGCCGGGGCCCUAGGGGUUUGUAGAUGGACACCAGGGGAGAAGGACACAGAGGCCGAGUCAUUCAGAGUGAGCCCAUCCAGAACAGGUGUGCUGGGUACUGCUGGGUACUGCUCGGAUGUGAGACUGCAUGUCUGUCUGUAGUGGGCACGGAGGGUAUUUGCCCUGAGUGUGAGUGUGCCUGUCCGUGUGGACGUGCAUCUCUGGGUGAGUCUGCUGGGUUUCCUGAAGUCUGAGCCAAGUGUGCCUGAGCUCCCAGAUGGUGAGUAUACCCAAACCUUUCACCUUGCCUUCCGGGGCUGGGCAGCCCCCCAUGUCUCCAGAGUCAAUGGGUUUCAUUCGGCUCCCUGGGUGAAGUGAAGGAUAAACCAUGUACGUUGUCCAAUGUUGGGAUCCUCUGGGGCUGGUCCUAAAGAGGAGAGGAAGUGGGGUAGCAUGUGGGCAUACCGUUGUGCCUGAUGUCAGCACAAGCCCACUGGAAGCCCUGGGAACACCCUGCCGCCCCAGAUGGGAGCCUGUCCCUGACUGCUCCCCAGAGCCACAGUCCAGCCUGAAACCAGUGACCUCCACCUACCUGCCUGCUGCCAGGGCUCACAGGAGAUCAGCUAAGGCUGGGUCGAGGGGAGGCUCGGACACUAAGCACAAGGAUGGAGACACAGCUCCCAGUCCCUACUCGCAUCCUGACUCGUGGGUGCCUCGUGCCCCUGUCCCCUGGUCUGUGAGAUACGGCUGCCAUCCCGCCCUCUCGGAGAUACGAAAAGACUCAGUUGUCUCAACAUAUAGAAAAGCCCCCACGGAAGGUGCCCCUCUUGACACAAAUGCCAUGACUUUGUCCCGAAGGCGCUCCCCCACCCCCAGGGGCUGUUGCUUUGCAGGGCACGGGACUGUGCAUGGCAGGGUAUUAACCGCCAGCCAUCUCUCUCUCUCUCUCUCC